CAAAAUUUUUAAACGUCAGAUUAUAUUGUCGCAAAAAUUUCAGUCAUAAUUUCAUAAAAAAUACGUGAUCUCAAAAUAGAUAAAAAUAAUAUAUAAAUUAAAAUUGUGUCACGUCUGCCGCUCAUUUCGGCUGUGAUUGCAAAAUUGGGGGUAAAAAAAGGGUUGCAUAAAUGAAUGAUGUCGCUGAGGUCGAAGGCGCUCGCACUGGUGGAGGUGCUGCUGAGAGUACCGCCGCUGUUUGUGGUGGAUGAAUUCCUGAAGAUCAGUCUCGGGCUGCCCGUGUCGAGCGGCGAAGAGGUGUCUGUGCUCUCCAAUGUCACUGACGACCACGUCGAUAUAACAGACGCAGAGGCGAAUUAUUACGACGCGAAUUUUUACAACGCGUUUUUCUUCACCUUCCUCAAAUUCCUCGUCUGCUGUUUAGGAUGCAUGUCAGCGCUCUGUGUGUUCGUGCUUUACACGAAGCACCUCAUCAUAGUCUACCUCUACCUUAUGUCUCUGGGCAUCGUUUUCGUCUCCUAUUGGACCAACGUGUCGGCCAUCAAGCAGAUACAGGCGGUCACAUUGGCCGCCACUACCACACAGCCCUCAGCGAGCAUACUCGAAGAUAUCCUCAACUUAAACCUGAAGAGCCUACUUGAUCUCGAUGGCCCCGGAAUACUCGUGAUACAAAACUUCGCGAUACAGUUCACGCUGUCGUUCGUCUUCCGAAACGUCCACCUGGGACCCAGACACCAGACGAUCCAGAAGUUUCUACCGAUCUCCUUCAUGGCUCCGUCGUUCCUGGCCAUGCUGCCCGUGCCGCCGAAUCUAUUGCACCAUUCGCCCGUGUUCUCUGCACUCCUGCCCCUCUUUCUAGUCAAAUACGUGCUGUGGUCGUCCGCAUAUGACGUCAUACAAGUUAUUUACGCGGGCUACCAGCAUGGAAGACUGUUCGUUAGCAAUUUUGGCCUAUCGGCGCUAGUCGAAACUGAAUGGAUACGGCUCAAUAUCCCGUGCGUGCUUCGAGUGUUUUGGGUGAUGCGAGUCGCAGAGCACGCCAUGCUUCUCCUCAUGGAUAACUACGACGAAGACACCGAAGAGGGUUUAAAGGUUUCCACUUUACUAGCUGUCCAGUCCCUCGCCUCGAUGGCUAAAUCCUUGCUAGUAACCGGAUGCGAGACCAUCACCGCCGUCCUCGGGAUGACGUCGGUCAUCUCAUUCUUCUGUCACUACAUCGGGAGCUUCUUCCAAUGGAUAUUGUUGACUGACGAAGAAGAAGACAAGAGCAUUGGGACGGUAUCUGCGAUCCUGUUUUAUAUCCUCGCUCUACAAACCGGCCUCACCUCACUGAAUCCUGAGAAACGAUUCGUCAGACUGUGCAGGAACUUUUGCCUGCUAUUCACGGCGCUCUUGCACUUUUUGCACAACAUCGUGAAUCCAAUGCUAAUGUCGCUGAGCGCGUCGCACAACCCCAGCACCCACCGACACGUCAGAGCUUUGGGCGUCUGCACUUUCCUCAUAAUCUUCCCGAUCUCAUUACUAGUUUACCUGUGGUCGCAGCACACCAUAUCCACGUGGCUGCUGGCAGUCAGCGCCUUCAGCAUCGAAGUCAUAGUGAAAGUUAUCGUCAGCCUCAUGAUAUACUCGCUAUUCUUGAUAGACGCGUAUAGAAGCACCUUCUGGGAGCAGUUGGACGAUUAUGUUUAUUACAUACGCGCUUUUGGCAAUACGAUCGAAUUCUGCUUUGGGAUCUUCCUAUUUUUCAACGGCGCCUGGAUACUGCUGUUCGAAUCGGGCGGCGCGAUACGAGCAGUCAUGAUGUGUAUACACGCGUAUUUCAACAUUUGGUGCGAAGCGCGGGCUGGUUGGUCCGUGUUCAUGAAGCGACGGACGGCCGUCAACAAGAUUAACUCGCUGAGAGAGGCUUCGGUCGACCAGCUCGACCAGUUAGAUGACGUGUGCGCUAUUUGCUACCAAGAGAUGCACUCGGCGAAGAUCACGCGCUGCAACCAUUUCUUCCACGGCGUGUGCCUCCGGAAAUGGCUCUACGUGCAGGACCGGUGUCCGCUCUGCCACGACAUCCUCUACAAGAUAGACAACGACCCCAACAAGGACAACACUUCGGAGGCCAGCAACGAGGAGAACAGCAAUAACCAGAACAUCCUCCUCGAGGACGAGGACCCCGACCUGCUCGGUGAAGGUGUGAGAUGACUGACUAGUGAAGACUCAAUCGACCUAGAAUUAAAUCAAGUUUAGAUCAGUGUUUUUCAGUGGUAUUUUUAUUUUGUAUAGUAAGUUAUUGUUUUUAUUGUAUACGUUAAUCAGGUGGAUGCUGUGAUGUAAUAAGGAAUAAAUUUUGUCUCGUGAUGAUGUUCGGCGUAUGUCGGUGUGACUCUUAGUGCUAAGUCUGGACGCUUUUCGCGCUGUUACCAUUUCCUAUAAAUGUUUAUGAUGUCUAAAUUGCUAGUGCAACUAUCUAUAUACAGAGGCGCCGACUUCGUGGGUGCAAACAAUCCAUGACUAUAGAUAUCAAGUUAUAAACUCAAAGAGGGCGAAGCACUUCAAAAGUUUAUUAAAUGUUUUUAUAUUUUGCUCUCCUCAUAUUUUGUACCCUCGUUUUCUUAAAGCCGGCGCCUCUGCGUAUACCCAGAUGUUAUAAUACGCGAAGCUAUUUUUAAAUAGUUUAGAAAUAGCUUUUAAUAUACAGAGUCUAAUUGUUAGCAAAAUGAAAAAAAUAGUAAUUUUCUCACUAAAAUGUAAAUAAACUAUAUUAGUAGUA